AGGCCAAAGAGGAGGUGGAUGCGCACGAGGCGGCGAGUGGCAGUGGUGAAUCGGCGCCGUCAUCGUCUCCAGAGCCGAGUGCGGGCACUGGACGCGAGAGAACUGGGACUGAACAGGUCUUCGGUGCUGAGCCCUCUGAGCAGCAGCGGGGCCCUUCGCCUCCCGCAGACGGCGCAGCCACGGCGGGCCCGGUGGGUGACGCGCCUGUGCAGAAUGGGCGCAAGGAUGACGGCCAGGCGCAGCAGACCCCUCCGUCGCAUGCGCCAGAGAGCGUUGGUGGCGUGCCGUCUGCUUCCGCCGCGCCCACCAGCGAGACGCCAAACGUUGCAGAAAGAGAACUUGGCGCAGACCCCCAAACUGCGGCGGACGCGGACGGCGGCCACGAGGCUUCCAGCAACGCCGCCACGGCACUACUACCCGGCAACGGCUCCGCUGCCUUCAAGAACAUCACAGGGCCGUUCCAGCUGAGCACAGGCAGCGACGACGCUCUGCGUGGGUGCGUGUCUCGGCUUUUGCUGCUUGCCAUGCUUGGGGUGUGGGGCACGACGGCUCUCUGA